GCUGACCGUUGACCGGGUGUUUGCAAAACAGCAACAAACGUAAACAAACAAUCACAAAAUAUCACUUUCCGUGCUCGUUCACGAAUAUUCUGUUAAUUCUGUAGUAAUAAGACUAAAAUAAAAGCACAAACAACUUCAAAAUGCAUAGAACCAGCGGUACGGCCCGAUCCAUACUGUCCGAGAUAAAGAUGGAGGUCGAUUCGCACACACAGCCACGGGCCGGCUCCUCGAAAGCCAGUACCGACGACGACGAUCUUUACGAGGAGGAAUUUACGCUGCUGGCCGAUUUCGACAUAUGCCUGGACGUGGACGAUCCGAACCUCCACAUCAAGGUGGUCGGAAUCGAUUCCGAACAUCCCGUGAUCCAGGUGAACGACGAGGUGUACCAGGGCACAACGGACUUCGCCUUCGGCACGAACGUGUUCUUCGAAAAGGAUGCCAAAGCGACGGCGGAUCUGGAUCCGGUGUUCGAGAACAACAUCAAAGACCUGUACCGGCACGUGGGCAGUACGGAUAAGGUGCUGCGGAUGAAGCGAAUAUUCAUCACCGCAAAGGAGCAAGACGCCCGCGAACAGCAGGACCACCAGUCGUCUGCGGCGAGCGAACGGAACAGUUCGGGCGAUGAGACCCGGCAACCGGACGGUAGAAAGAAGUGGGAAGUCAACAUGACGUACGAGGAGGCACUGAAUAUGCACCUAGCGGAGGGCAGUGUACCUAGCCGCCGCAUAACGGGGACAUUAAAUGGAGAGGAACUGGUGCAAAAUCGCAACAUCAAGGGCGAACCGAUGGAUGCUGAACAUGAUGAUGAUGAUAAUAGUGGGGAUGUGUAACAACACAUGAAAAGCGCCAUUCCUUUACGCAUUCGUUAAGUACUCCCCGGAAGAUUCUUUCAAACUCCCGCGUUCCACGUCUGCAACAAAUACACUUUUUACAUAAAAUGCAUUAA